AUGAGUUCUGGUUCCUCACAUCCUUAUCGUCAAGUUACAUCUUCCAAUAGUAGUGCAACAACAACCGCUACAACUGCAACCACAGCCACUACUACUACUCCAUAUCCACUUCUGGACUUCAAUCAAGCUAGUCAAAGUGAUCCUUCUGAUAGUUCACCCAGUAUGACUGAAGUUACUUCAGGUAUGGAGGAUUUGCAUUUACCGCCAAAUCAUAAUCCCAAACCAUAUAUACCGCACCAGCAAGAGCAGAUGCAAAUGCAGCUGCAGCUGCAGCUGCAACAGCAAUACGGACAAGAACGGGCUCAGCAAUUUCAAUAUGAACCUAUUCCUCCGCCACAGCAUCAGUAUCAAUACCCACAGCAACCUCAAUAUCAACCGCAAUACCAACAACAGCAAAAUAAUGCGCGUCAUGCCUCAGCGCCACAGCAUCAGCCACAUCAGCAACCACAACAACAGCCACAACAGCACUCGUCGGCUCAGAGACAAAAGUAUAGAAGUUUGUUGGCCAAUGAUGAUGGCUCUGAGAAACAACAACGGUUAUCAAGUUUACCCACUCACUUGAUGCCAAAUCUUUCUCAUUCAUCUUCGGGAAACUCCUCGCCCAAGCUGGGAGGGCAAUUGUCGCCAAAUGAGCAACAUUUUUACCAGCAGGAGGAGCAACAGCAACAACAAUACCAGCAACUGCACUAUCAGCAAGUCCCUGACUCAGCAGUAUAUGAAUCCCCAAAGAUUGGCGUCACAUCACCAUCUUCGGCUCCAUACCCAGUGUAUGACUCGACUCCUGCAUCACCACCGCCGGUUUUUGCAUCCAAAGACAAUGGUAUAACGUCCCCACCAUCAAAUCCAUUAUCAGCCACCUCAUCAGUGGUUAAUUUCAAUCUCAACAACAAUGCCAAUACCAACAAUUUGGAUCAUCAAGUAUUUAGUAGGUCGGAAAACAACUUGAGUGCACCAUCACUUGCCGUAUCUACUUCUAAAUAUGGACAUAAUCGUUCAGUUUCAUCUACAUCAUCAUUCUUCUAUGAUCGUAAUGAUAACUCGUCAAUGAUUGAUUUCAAUCAAAAUGUGAUUCAACUGUACCUUGGCUCAAACUCGGCAAAUUUGAUGCCUAGAAUCAAGACUUUGGAGUUGUAUCGCAAAAAUGCCAAAAAAUCAAAUGAUCCCAAUGUAUUGUUUCAAUACGCUCAAUAUAUGUUGCAAACUGCAUUGAUGUUGGCGGCUGAAUCCACAAACAAUACAACAACAUCGACAUUGACUAAUACUACAGGGUCAUCGGGUGAUAACACGCCAAUCAACAAUAGGUCAAUUGAAAAUUCACCACGUAAGCCCGACACCUCCAAUAAAGACAAACACAAGAAGAACAAAUCAAUUGAUUUUUCAUCUAUUGAAGUGGAAGGAAAUGAAAAAAAAUUACGCAAAGCAUUCUUGAAGGAGGCGGUGUACUACUUGAAAAAAUUAUCCGACAAGGGGUACACUGAAGCUCAAUAUUUAUUAGGGGAUGCUUAUAGUUCAGGAGCAUUGGAUAAGAUUGAUAAUCGAGAUGCUUUUAUACUUUUUCAAGCAGCUGCCAAACACGGACAUAUUGAAAGUGCAUAUCGUACUAGUUAUUGUUACGAGGAAGGGUUAGGCACGGGUAGAGAUGCCCGAAAAGCGGUUGAAUAUUUGAAAAUUGCUGCUUCAAGAAAUCACCCGGCAGCAAUGUAUAAAUUGGGUGUUUACUCUUUUUACAAUCGAAUGGGAUUACCUAAUGACAUGAAUACUAAAAAAAUGGGGAUCAAAUGGCUUACGAGAGCUACUAAUGUUGCUACAGAAUUGACAGCUGCAGCUCCAUACGAAUUGGGUAAAUUAUACUACCAUGGUUUCAAAGAUAUCGUGUUACAAGAUGUUAAAUAUGCAUUGGAAUUGUAUGCACAAGCGGCAUCAUUGGGUCACACACAAUCAGCAGCGAUAUUGGGUCAUCAUUAUGAAGUUGGCGAAGUUUUACCCCAGGAUUCCAACUUGUCCAUCCAUUACUAUACACAGGCUGCAUUGGGAGGUGAUCCUAAUUCAAUGUUGGCCAUGUGUGCAUGGUAUCUUGUGGGAUCAGAUCCAUAUUUGCCUAAAGACGAGCAAGAAGCGUUUGAAUGGGCCAAACGUGCGGCUCUGUGUAAUUUGCCCAAGGCGCAAUUUGCCUUAGCUAAUUUUUAUGAAAAGGGUAUCGGAUGUAUCAAGAAUACUAAAGAAGCACAGGCUUGGUAUACUAGAGCCGCUGAAAAUGGUGAUGCCAAGUCAUUGACUCGAUUGACUGAUAAAGAAGUUGUUGCUAGGAUUCAAAAAAAGUUGAAAAAGAGACCUGUUGUUAACCAUGCUGAUGGAAGCGCGGCUCAAGAGAAGGACUGUGUUAUUAUGUAG